GUUGUAAAGGUAAACAAGGAAUAAGAUGAAAUAAAUGAAUCAUUGUAAAAUGUAAACCUACUUGUCAUCUUGGAUAAUGAGUCUAUGAACUGCAAAGUAUUUACCAUUUAAAACGGAAUUAGGAUAACAUUGGUCACUUUGGACCACGGUUACUUAAAAUUUGUUGUGGUGGUUAGUGUUUACUCAGGUAUCAUGGCCGGCUAUUUCGAGGAGAUGGGUUGGGAACCGCUCGGAGACGGGGAAACUCCAAACAACCUUCUCCAUCUUGUCAGAUUCUUGCUAGAGUUUCAAUACAUGGAACCCGAAGCUCAGUUAGCCCCAGCUGCAUCUAAAGCCUCAAUUGAUGCGUUGCCGAACAUUACUGUCUCAAAGGAAGAAGGUGAAUGCACAAUAUGCCUUAAGCCUUGGGAAACUGGUGACUCUGCAAGACAAAUGCCAUGCAAACAUACAUUUCACCCUCAGUGUAUCCUGCCAUGGUUGGAAAAGACAAAUUCUUGCCCGCUCUGCCGCCAUGAACUUCCGACAGAUGACCCAGAAUAUGAAGAAUCAAGAAAGCGCAAGCUGCGAGCAAUCCAGAGGGUAAAAGACAUUGAAGCUCUUCAUGAUUCUAUGUUUUCGUAGCUUAUGAAAUGUAAUGAUUUACUGAUAAGUAUUGGGAUCAAGUGUAUACCAUUAUUGUUGAGUGUGUGAGGGUAUAUUAAUUUAUUGAUGUUACUAUUUUUUAUGGCUAUACACAUGUUUGUUUUACAUAAUAUAUUGUAAAUUGUUAUAUACCUAUUGACGGCAUAUUUAUUUCCUAUGAUCUUUACGUUUGUUAUGUUUUUUUAAACAUGAUUGCAGCAUGAUAGCCUAAUAAUUCAAAAACAUAGAAUAACUGAUUAUAAAAAUAUCUCUUAGCCAGAUAUAUAAUAAUAAAUAAGAAGGUCAAAUUCAUUGUGAAUCUUAUACU